AUGUUAGUACUAAAAGUUUUAUACUUAAAAACUUUUCUUUACCCAACAAAUGCAACGAUAACAACAACAAUUGAAAGGACCGAAAAGAAAGUGAAUAGUUAUGCUCUGGAGAUUAAAAAGUCGGAAUUCUUAGGUGAAAGAGUUAGCGAGGCAGUGAAUGCUUCAUUUCGUAUGAGUGGAACUAUUUUUAGAUUGUUAGAAUUUCAUUCUGGAGUUGACCGUCAAUUUGGAUCAAAUUAUGAGAAGCAAAAAUUCGAAUCACUUGGAAAAGCAGAUCGAUUGGAUGAGAAUGGAAAUGUUGUUCCAAUGACUGACGUUGAUAUCGACGCACUUAAAUGUUAUCUCCAGAAGGAAAAUUAUAAUAUUAUAAGCGUAGUGGAAGAAGAACAUUCCCUUCUUGUCAAUACGAUUGGUUCUCUAAAAGUAGAUGGAUAUGGAUUGGCUUCAACGAUUGAAACAAAGCCUCUUUCGGGAUAUAUUCCUUCAAAAAUUCUGAGGAUG